UACCAAUCCCUCUUUCACUUCCUCCUCCACCACCAUGCCAACCAGCUCCAAUUUCUCUCCCUCCUCCGCUUCCUCUUCCACCACCAUGUCUCCCAGCUCAAUUUCCACAACCUCUUCCACCACCAUGUCUUCCAUUUCCACAACCUCUUCCACCACCAUGUCUUCCAGCUCCACUUCCUCUUCCACCACCAUGUCUUCCAGAUCCAAUUCCUCUCCCUCCUCCAUUACCUCUUCCACCACCGUGUCCCCAAUCUCCGGGCUUGUUAGCUGCGCUUUUACCGCUCUUACCAUUGUUAGCUACUCCACCACCAUGUACCCCGGCUUCACCACCACUUCUUCUUCCACCAUCGUGUCCUCUACCUCCGGGUUUGUUAGCUUCGCUCUUACCAUUGCUAGCUGCUCCACAGCCAUAUCCAUCCCCUUGCAAAUAAUUGUGACAUUUGGGCUGAUAGAAUUAUUAUGUACGAUCGAUUUACUAUUAAUUAAUAUCAACAUAUCUUCUCAUUGGCAUAGCAAAAACUAAUAAUUAUUCACUAAUUUAAUUAAGUAUUCUAUUACAGAUACUUUUUUUUUUACUAUUAUUAAAAUACAUUCAAUUAUAUUAAAUUAAUUUUAAAAAAAAAAAUGAAUUUUUCAUAUUGUAAACAAUUAUUUGAUCCCUUGUAACCUUGACAAGUUUUAAUGUAAAAUCUCUGUGUUGAUGACAAUAUAAAAACUACAUACUAGGCUGGUUGAGUAAAGAAUUAAAACUUAAUGGAUAGACAAUCAAAGUCUCAUUUGAUUCUUAAGUGAGAAGCUUAAAUUUCAGAGGGUGAUCCAGACCCCAUAGCCCCCUCUGAUUAUAUGCCUGACCUACGCCGUUACACAAAAAAUAGUUUCCCCUAACAUUCCCAUGCAUCCAUGAUUCUAGACCACUCCGGUAUAAUUAGUCACGCUAUAAUUGACAAUUGUUAUGUAUCAUUAUGAGCCACAAUCGAUUACCAAAACAUGGCUUCUAUUUUAGGCCUUAAUAAUAGUCACUUCUAUAUUCUCGAAUUUUGUGGUAGUGAAUUCUGCAAUUUCCGUCAUUUAUUAAUAUUCUGUCUUGCUCCACUUUCUAAAAUAUGCAAUUUAAAAAUUUCUCUCACUUCUAUCCACGAUAAUUUUUCAGAUACUAAUGCUCUUUACUCUAAAAAUUAUAUUAUCCUGAUAAAAAAUAUUAUUAAAUACAUUCUUCGAUCAGGUUCUAAAAUUUAACUAUUAUGAACUUUACAUACUUUAUUCUGAUUAUAAUUUUUUCUGUUUUUAUUUUUUUAUAAUGAGAAAUUUUGUUUUUUAUUUCUUAUAUCGAUUAUUAUACUCUGUUUAAUUGUCGAAAUAUAACAAUAGCUUAUAUUAAAGCUUCAAUAAAAAAAAUAUAUACAUCUAUAUAUUACAAUAAAAUUAUACAUUUGUGUACAUUAGGUAAUAAAAAAUAUAUUGUAAAAAUACAAAGUUACAUUCAAUUAUAUAUUAUAAUUUUUUUUUCGUUGACUGCCAAUGUACCUUGUAAGGUAAAACCUUAUAACCUUAAGAUAUUCCUUAAGUUCCUAGUUCUUUAAAACUUAAUAAUCUAAGAAAUGCAUUAAUAAUAUUAAUAAUAAGAUAAAUAUUUCAUACAUAUUCUUUCCUUUAGUAGAUUUAAUUCAAUAACUAAAUUAAAAUUAUUUCUUAAAGGAAAUCAUUAAUUGAUUUUUAUUUUUAGUUAAAUUAAAAAUUAUCCAAAACUUUAACUCGUUACUUAACUUUUUACUUUUUAACUUGUUACUGGCAAAUUUCAUCAAUUUGUACAAUACGUACAGCCUACGCGUUAUACUACAAUAUUAUUAUAAUAAAAAUUAAUAAUUAGUGAAUAUAAGUAAAAUAUACAUGUGAGUUACCUAGUGAAUAAAUUUGUAAAAGUGUGUAUUCAUUUUUUAAGUGAAGAAAUCAUAGGUUUUUUUAUUUUAUAAAAUCACCCAACUGUCUAAAUAUAUUUAUCUAAAAAAAAAAAUAAAAUAAUGAUCAUCCUUAUCAGCAAGGUAAUCUAUAAAUACUAAAAAUAAGAAUACUAAUCAUAGUAUUUAUUUUUUUUAACUUUUUUUUACUAUAUCGUUAUCAUCAAACCAAACCUUAAACCAAAAAAAUAAUAAGAUUUUCAAAUCUUAGUAAAAUGUAUAGCUUUUUCGGUACACACUAGAUCUAAAAUUCAUAAACACUUAACAAAAAUCUGAUACCUACUUAUAGUUUUUAAGAUUUACUGCUAAUUAAAUAUUUGAUAAAAGCAAUACAAACUAUGAAGUAGGAUACGUAUAAAAUUUCAAAUUUUAUCGGAGGUAAUAACUACUAAACUCCAUCCCUACUUACGCUAUUAUCUAUGACUGUAACCAUCGUCCUCUGAAAUACUAAAAACAAAAAAUAUUAUUUUAUUUCCUAAUUACAACCAAAUCAACUAAAUUAAGGAUAUAAUUCACGUGUGCGCCACUCUCUAGAUGCUGAAUUUUGAGAUAAAAGUAGACUGCGAUCUUUUUCUUAUUUUCGAAAUCAAAACAAACUAACAAUAAAUUUCAAAUUGAUAUGUGAGAUAAUAUAUAUUUUUAAAUAAUAAUACUAAAAAUAUAUAAAAAACAUAUUUAUAUUCUUAUUAGCUAGGCAACCAAACUAACUUCAUAAUCAUUAUCCUCUCUCCAUUAUAGGCGCAUAUAGGUGAAAAUAUUGAAAGGACAGAAGUACAAAAAAAAUUAAAUACGAAUUAGUCAUUUUAGCACAAGAAUAAUGAGUUGCAUCCGAAUUUUGGGUAAAAAAAAUAACAAUAUAACAACCAUGUAUCCAUUUACGAAGUAUGUCCGCCUUUUUAAUUUUAACAGUUUGAUUUACAAUUUUUUGUUACACAAUAUUAAAAUAUUUUAUAAACUUAGUUUUGAAACUAUAAAACCACACAUGAAACUCGAUGACUGCUGCCAAAAUAAAAAAAGACGUACAUACUUCGCACGUGGAUGCAGCCACUGUUGUAGAUGGGAAGUUGGAAAGGUAGGAUACACAAAGGAAUUUAAUGUAUAUCUGUAAACAACGAUAAACCAUUGCUAACGAAAAAGCGAUUCUGAGUUGAGUUCAGAUAAUGGUGAUACUUUGGCAACAUUACAUAUGCCAUAUUAUGGUAAAAUAAUUAUAUACUUAUUAUAUAUUUUCUUCAACAACAUUUGUUUAAUAUUGUGCCAAUUUUCUCGUUUUUCCUAAGUUUUUUUUAGGUUUUUCACAUUUGUUGAGAAAACUCCUGGGAAAAUCGACAAUUAAUUAAAAGUAUCUCUUAAAAGUAUCUUCGCAAUCCGAUUUUAGAAAAAGUGCUACAUCGAAUACAUUGGAGUAAGCUUUUUGGUAGGAAAGUUGCGCACAGUUAAACAGAUAUAGAACAAAUAAACAUCUUUGUAAAACCAUAGGCUUCUUCGAUCUACUGAGAAUCUAAAACUGUGUGCGUAACUCGAACUGGAUUAUGAUUUUAUCACUAAAUACGAAACAUCAAAUUAAAGAUUUCGAUAUAGUUUGCACUUUUGAAAUAGGGGGUCCUCUUUUUCGGGCCUGGCAUUUUGAUCCCGUGCUAAACAUCAACUAUUAGUUAAUUUCAACAAUAAAUUAUGUGCCACGAAUAUUCAUGAGAUUAGUUAAUUUAUUGAUUUUACAAUGUUAGCGAUAAUAUUAUAUGUACAAAUAAUCUCAGAAUUUAAACGAACAUUGUUGAUAGAUACUCGUAAAAUUGAAUGUCCAAUGUCAUGAUUAGACAACGGCCAAGGCCAUCGCAGUUAUUUUGCACUGCUAAUCAUUAAUAUUGUUAGAGCAGGUAAUACGAUUUACUCAUAUUGUAUAUUAUAACUAGAAACAAAAUUAUGCGGAACAAUGUUUAAUUUAUCUGUUAACUUACUGAUAUCGUAUCAGAAAAAUUAUACAUUUUUGUUUAAACUGAAAAAAUUGAUACAUAACAAAUAAGUAAAUCUUUUUAAGAUACCUAAACCAAAGCAACUAUAGGUAUCUAAAAAAUACUCAAAUUUGAUAUCUACAAAAAAACGGUGAUAAUUCGUAAAUAUUCAGUUCACAAACUGUUUAAACUUUUUAUUGAACCAAUUAUGAGUUCUAAAAUUAGGUAUAAGCAUCUAAAUAAAUUAUGUCUAGAGACG